AUGGAAUCAUUAUCUGCACCUAGUUCUGUAGCUCGGGUAGAAAAAUUACAAGCUGACAGACAUGGUAACGUUGAAUUUGAGCUAAGAUGGUCCUACAAGCCCGAGCUAAGAUGGUACUACAAGCCCGAGCAUAGUCUUGGUAGAAGAAGAUCAUUUCAUGGUGAAAAAGAGUUAUUCAUGUCUGACCACUUUGACACUCGGGAUGCAACCAUUAUCACAGGAAAGUGCAAUAUAUAUUCAGUAGAUCAAUAUGCCAGACUAAAACAUGAUGGUCCCAAAGAUUUUUAUAGUCAUUUCCAAUACCAACAUGUUUAUGGAAUUAUGACUCCUGUUCGUGUUAAAGUGUUUUGCAAAUGUGAAUUGCCGUAUAAUCCCGAUGAAUUAACGCUACCAUGUUCUACCUGCGAUGAUAGGUUUCAUCCUAUGUUUAUAGGAAUGACUCUUGAGUAA